GGGGGCGACGUCUGCCACUAUCGACGGCACUUCACCCGGAAACACUCCCACGAGAAGAAGAGGGUCAUCUGGCAUUGCGCUUCCAUCAUGGCGGUGAACCUCACAGACCUCUCCCUGCCUCAGUUAGAGGGCCUGAAGAACCAACUGGACCAGGAAGUUGAGUUCUUGACGUCUUCAAUAACUCAACUAAAAGUUGCCCAGACAAAGUUUGUUGAAGCAAAAGAUAGUUUAAAUGUGUUGAACAAAAACAACAAAGGAAAAGAAUUGCUGGUGCCUCUCACCAGUUCUAUGUACGUCCCUGGAACAUUAAACGAUGUGGAACAUGUCUUAGUGGAUGUGGGCACAGGAUAUUAUGUUGAAAAGAAUGUGGGAGACUCAAAGAAAUUCUUCAAACGCAAAAUAGACUUCCUCACAAAGCAGAUAGAAAAAGUUCAGCCAGCUCUUCAGGAAAAACAUUCAAUGAAACAAGCUGUGAUUGAAGUCAUGAAUGUGAAGAUCCAGCAACUACAACAGAGCCAGCAGACGUCACAGAUGGUCGGGACCACCAAGGCUUAACCUAAUGAAUCCACUAUAAAUAAUGAAUGAUAACAAAUCCUUUUGUAUCUGUCGGAAGUCAGUGCACAAACUCUUUUAAAUUGAUUAAAUUGGGUUUACAUAUUCAAUAAAAAUAAUGACAAUUAAGCC